UUGCCUUCACUCCUCAUCUACCCCCGGAAACCACCAGACUGUUCGGAUCCACACGUCCCAGAUGGCAUCGUGCAGGCGAAACACGUCACCGCCGAAGCCCGGACCAAAACCGACACCCCAACCUCGGGACACCAUGUAACUCCAAAGACUGAUCCGGACGGCCCCCCAAAUGGGUGCGAACAUGGGCAAGAACACCUCCCUCCUGGACGCUCUUCCGUCGGGCCAGGGCACCUUACACGUAGUGAUGCUGGGCCUAGACUCGGCCGGCAAGACCACAGCCUUAUACCGCCUAAAAUUCGACCAAUACCUCAACACGGUACCUACCAUAGGCUUCAACUGCGAGAAAGUGAAGGGCAUGAUCGGGAAGGCGAAGGGCAUAAACUUUCUGGUGUGGGACGUGGGCGGGCAGGAAAAGCUACGGCCGCUUUGGAAGUCGUACACUCGGUGCACGGACGGUAUAGUGUUCGUGUUGGACAGUGUAGAUAUAGAGCGGAUGGAGGAGGCGAAGAUGGAGCUUAUACGGACUGUCAAGUCUCCGGAAAACGCCGGUGUGCCCAUCCUGGUGCUCGCCAACAAGCAGGAUCUACCGGGCGCUAGGGAACCUCGCGAGCUCGAGAAGCUGAUGGGUCUGACUGAACUGGGGGGUAGUGGGGCCCCUGGGGGACACCUCUGGCACGUCCAGCCGGCCUGCGCCAUCACCGGGGACGGUCUGCAGGAGGGGCUCGAGGUGCUGUACGAGAUGAUACUGAAACGCAGGAAGCUGGCGAAAGAACGGAAGAAGAAGGCUAGGUAGACCUGUCUGUAAGAUGUAGGACGCGAUGUUUAGUCAAUAUUUUGAAGGUAGAAUGUGAGGUUCCUUCGGGCAUCAUCUCGAAACAAUCCUUGAAGGUCUUGACGUGAUAGAAUCGG